AGCCGGCCCCGCUGUGCGAUUGUUGUCUGCAUAGCGUUGGGGAAGUCGCUCCUUGACCGCCCCUCUUCCCCGACUCCUGUUGUGGCUGCUAGGCAACCCGGGCCCCUGGCAGCCCCGCGGUGAACUCCUCCGCACCUCCGCACUCAGCUCAUCCCCAUCUAGAAACUCCCCAGUAAAUUCAAGAUGAGGACCAGGCACCCACUGGCGAAGGAUGACCCCACUAUCGACGCCGCAGCAGACGACGAUGAAGCCGGACGCGCCGCCGCCCCCGUGCCCUCAGCGCCCUCAGCGUCUGACAGGAUUAGCAGCUGGCUGCGGGUCGCCGCUGAGGACACAGUCCGGCCUGCUGGGGCGGUGGGACAGCCGUCCCGAUGCAACUGCCUGGAGUCCUUCGUGGCACAAAUGGAGGAGCAGCAGGCAGCGCAGCAGGCAGCGCAGCACGCCCCGCAGCGCCGCUGGCUGGAACGGCAAGAGCGAGUGGCGAGGCUGCAAGAGCGAGAGGCGAGGCUGCCAGAGCGAGAGGCGAGGAUGCAAGAGCGAGAGGCGAGGCUGCAAGAGCGAGUGGCGAGGCUGGAGGAACGAGAGGCGAGGCUAAAAGAGCGAGAGGCGAGGCUGCAAGAAUAUGAAGUGCGCAUGGACAUUCUUGAAAUGCAUCUUGGAUUAAAGGUGCCAUCAAAGCAGCAGCAUAAAGGAGAUCGCGAAGUUCUGUAUUUUCUCCUGCUCGAGUCGUUCACAAUGAUUUGGCCGCACUUGACCGUGGCCUAA